UUUGAAAUAAAAAAAAUUCUUUCCAUCGAUGGAUUUCCCAACACUAAUUUACAAACGGCAGCAAAAAGCGGUCUUACGGCAUAACGCGCGCGGCGCGAUAUAACAAAUAAAAAAACGAUUAGUUCAUCGUCCCAAAAACAGGAAAUAGUUUGUCAACAUAUUUGCGAUAAACGGGAAACCGCUGUGUGUAUGUGUAGCAGCAGCAAUGGAAAAGAAAAACGCAUGUGCUUUCGGCUCCAGAUAAGGAAAACUUGAAAAGUCGGCAACGACGACAAAACAACAAAUACAAAGAAAAAGGACGGAAAGCUGCACAAAUUGCAACAAGAAAGAAAAUAAUAUAACAACAACAGUAAUUAAAAGCCGCAGCUCAAAAAUUCUAACCGUACUUUGAAAAGCAGAAAAGGACAAAGAGACCAAGUGACUGCAACAAGACCCCUCUCCCUUCCACUUCAUCCACAAACACACACACAGAGCAACCUCAACCGCAAUCACACGCGCGCUCUCUCUCUCUCUCUCUAUUUAACACAAACGCACACACUUUCAAUCUCUCUCCCACACACACACACUCACAACCAAAAACAAAAACAACAUGCAACCAUUGCAAAAGUAGUUAAAUAAUUCUGCCCUGUCUGCGCUUUAUUUCCUUUUUCUUCAUUUUUUUCAUUUUAUAUUUCUUUUUUAACUUUUUUCUUAAAUUUCAACAAGUUUCUGUUUCUUCUCAUCACACACAUACAUACAUAUAUUAAAUACAUACGUACACAUACACACACCCCUCCCCCACACCUUCACUUUACCACUUGACGCGCAGUUCUUUUUUCGUUACUUCAACAACAACAACAAAUCUACACACACACAGGCCACCGACACAUAACAGCGCAAAAACGAGACAAGACACGAACGGCAAACCAAAAAGCACCUGGCAAAAAUAAAAAAAAAUAAGAGAGAAGAAGAAAAAACAUCGGCACGAGAUCACGACCGGCUACUGUAAUUCACAUACAAACAAGCCGAUAAACAUACCCAUACACACACACGCACACACAGACACACUUGUUGCAGCAGUGCCGAGCCGUGAGCAGCGCAGCAUUUUAACAAUCUUCUAAAAGGCGACGUUGAAUUUUCCAUUUGGCGCCGUCGCGUACUUACACAACCCAGCAAAAACAUGGUCAAGGAGAAGCCCAAUUCCACACGAAUCUACGAUAAGGAUGGAUUCAGGCGCCGUGCGGCCUGCAUUUGUGUGCGUUCCGAGAAUGAAGCGGAGGUGCUUUUGGUCACUUCCUCACGACGUCCAGGGUUAUGGAUUGUUCCAGGCGGCGGUGUAGAACCCGAAGAAGAGCCUUCUGUCACCGCUGUACGUGAAGUUCUGGAAGAGGCUGGAGUCGUUGGCAGUCUAGGUCGCUGUUUGGGCGUAUUCGAGAACAACGAUCACAUGCAUCGCACUGAGGUGUUUGUUAUGAAUGUAACCAAGGAGCUAGACGAAUGGGAGGAUUCUCGCAACAUUGGACGCAAACGUCAGUGGUUCACAAUCGAUGAUGCGUUUACCCAGUUGGCUUUGCAUAAGCCGACACAGCAGCAUUAUCUAAUGCAGUUGAUGCACUCGAAGACGCUCGAUAAUACAAACCGUGUGGUGAAUGCUACGCAUCCACCUACAACAACAUUGACCAAUGCGGCCUGUAGUGCUGCGGCAGCAUCACCAACAACGGCAUGAAGACAGCUAGAGACACAUACACUCACACAGAUAUCCUUAUACACACACACCAACACCAAUACACACACACAUUUGACACAUUACUUUUUGGGUUAAUAACAUUUACAUAUAUAUAUAUAUAUAUCUUUUUUUUUUGGAAAUUUACAAUUAGACAGGCAGUUUGAAAUUA